UUGUUAUUCUAUUACGGUUACGCAAAGAAGUUUCAGAUAUGUCGAGAUGGGUCUAGAGUCUUGAAUCUUGUCACUACAGUGUAGUCACUACAGUCUACCAGAGCCUUGUACCUGAUGGUAACACAGGUGAGUUUCCAAGUCUAUAGCUUGGAUCCUUCGAUACUAUACUAUAUAUUAGCCUAUAAAAUAGCUAUUCUAGAUUAUACUCUGGGUAAGAUUAUUUAAUAUAAUAAAAUCAUUCACUUUUUUUUGGAAAUAGACUUGGAGAUGCCGUUCAAGAGUCAAAAAUCCCAAGUGACAGCACACAGAGCCCAACAACGCCAGAUAGAGGGGGGGGUUGGUUAUCUGGAACUUCUACUUACCUCCGGCCCGCUCCAUCACUAGCUUCAAAGGAGAUUCAUAAAGUGGUGCUUUUUUAAGACUAUCAGAUAGCCAUGUCAGCUUCAAAAAUCCGUCAUGAUUACUAUAAAAUUCUCCAGAUCCCGCCCACGGCAGAUACUCAGCAGAUCAGAUCCAAGUAUAGAAGUCUAGCAAGAGAGAAACAUCCUGAUAAGAAUCCAAGCUCCAGUGCGACCUCUGAAUUUCAGCUGAUACUCGAAGCGUACUCGACCCUCACCGACCCUGUCGCUCGCAGUCUCUACGAUGCACAGUAUAAGCAGGCCAAUCUCUCGAGCAACGCGUCGACUGGAGAAGAUCCUCAGACAAGGAACACAGCGGGAAGUGGGAAUGUUGGACAUCUUGAAAGAGAGCUCGAGCAGUUUCGGAGACGGCAGGCUUCGCUCAGUUCUCAACUGCAUACGGGGCGGGAACACUUGGCCCGUUUACAAGCUGAAGAAGCCCAGUUACAGCGCGAGAUCGAAGCAAUCGCGAAAGAACAAGCUCAAAAGGCAACCUGGUGGCACUACCUGACAUCAUCUCUUCUGAUGCAGCCGUCAGAGACAGAAGAGCAAAGGCAUCAACGAGAUCGGCAUAGGCUUGAUAAGAUUGCUGCGGAGAGUGUCAAGAAGUGGAUGAUCAAAAGACAGAUGGCUGAGAUCCAGAACUUCGAGAGAGAAGAACGAACCCUUGACAGAAAGAUCAAGUCAACCGAGUUUGAAAUCAGGAGAGAUAUUGCAAGGCAACAAGAAGAGAAGAUACGUAAAGAGCAAGAGCUUCGUUAUCAGGAGUUCAGGGAAAGAAUGGCAGAACAGAGCAGGAAAAGAGAAGAAGAAGAAGCACAGCGAGCUUCUCGGCAGGCGGAUCGAAGGGAAGACCAGGAGAGGAGACGGGCGCAGCCAAAAUCAGCAGCCAAGGAAGGGGAUUCGACGUAUCAUGGAGGCAGGCACAAGUCUCAUCACCAUGGGGAAGCCUGCCGUCAUCAAGGUUGGUGGAAUCGAAUCGAGUACGGCGCUGCUUGCAGUCGCUGCUUCACAGUGACUCGGCGUUUUGCAUUCAAAUGUCGCACUUGUGAUAAGAUAGCAUGUGCAUCAUGCAGAGAUAUCCUCAAGGGGAAGUGAUCAUACCCUUAGAAUCACGUCUUGGAAUAUAUAAGGAUUACGAUUACAUGAUAUGAUAUUUAAGUCGAUCUCAUCCUGUUCUGCUUUUCGGGGGGGGGGGGAUCAUUGUGCC